UUUUAACAUUGAAAAAAACACGCUUAAUACGCCACCGCAUAUUACGUAAUCCCGCAUAAUACGCUCUAAUUGCUGGCUUCUCAAACAUUUUAAAAUAGAAAAAAACCCAAUUAAUACAAUCAGCGAUAAGAAUUUCGUUGAAACGUUUAUCUAUUAUCGACCGAGUAAUUGAUAUUUAUUAUUAACAUCUUGAUGUGGUUUAUACUCUUACUAUAUUUCGUUAGUACGUACGUACGUUAGUUAUAUGAUCGGACGUUGAAGUGUACACGUGAAAUCACAUGCAGAUUUAUAAUUUGUAUGUUUUGUUUAUUGUUAUUCGUGUGUGGUUUAAAAUGACGAGUGCGUCUACGUCAUCUAGUAGUGCCGGAGUGAAAAGGAAAGCUUUGUCUAUUGACGAUAAAUUGAGAAUUAUUAAACUGUAUGAUGAAAAAAUUGGUGUAUUCAAUAAACAACAAAUUGCCGACCAAUUAAGAUUGCCCUCCUCUUCGUUGCGGACCAUAUUGAAGAACCGGAAAGAAAUUGAAAAAAACGCUUUUUCAGGCAGUACGAAACGUCAAAAGGUUAGAAAUGGUAAAAAUGAGCAGUUGGAAAAUAUUUUGUUGGAGUGGUUUCGACAAGCUCGCACAUUAAAUUUGGCUGUAAAUGGUCCCGUUUUGACAGAAAAAGCAAAUGAGAUCGCAAAAAGGUUGAACAUAACGGACUUUGGUGGAUCUAAUGGUUGGCUUGAUCGUUUUAGAAAAAGGCACGGUAUUGUCUAUCGUAAAAUUUGUGGGGAAGCCGAUGCUGUAGAUGACAACAGUAUUAAAUCGUGGAAAGAGACAAUUCUACCAAAUUUAGAAAUCCCCAAAAUCAAUGUUUUAGAUGCUAUUCAUUAUGUUUCAAUUGCGUGGGAUGAGAUAAAACCAGAAAUGACGACCAAUUAAUAACGAACGAGGCACUAGAACUUGAAGAAAUUAUCAAUCAGGCUACAGUAAACGAUGAACCAGAUGAGCCCAGUGAUGAUGAGGAAGAAUACAUUCCACCACUUCCGUCAAUCGCUAGUACUGUACAAUCAAUAUCUACAUUGAGACAGGCACUUACUGCAACUGAUGGCUCCGAAAACAUGCUUCUAUAUCUAGGUGCAUAAGGUAGAAUGGCGACGUUUGAAAUCAAUCGUCCAUUCAUUCCGGGGGGGGUUUGAACCCCCAAAACCCCCUCCUGCGUCCGCCACUGGUUGAACAUCAACCACAAUCGAACACUGUCCAUCCAUCCGAGGAAACGAUGCGCGAUUUACCGGAUACGCUAUAGUGGCUACAGUCGGAUGUAUUGUCGGAGCCUCUGCCCGGCGGAGUCGCUCCGUCAUUGUCGAGUACGGUGCACGCAGAGAACAGGACGAACUGAGAACUACGUAUCCGACGCACGGGUCAUCGAGGACAGCGAUGCCACGCGUCACUGUGCGCGUGUAAAAGAAAAUUCGGUUCUGGCUGACGGUUAGGACGUACCUAUCAUGAUCGAUCGAGCCAGAUCCGGUCAACAACUGUAAUAUCAUAGUCGAUAUAUUGUAGCCGCCGAACAGUUGUAGAUAUAGGUGUUAAAUGUGAGUUAAAACACGAAGAUUUGGUAACGUAAUAUAAUAAUACGUGUGAUUGUGCAUGACGUAAUAGUGUGUUAUUGAUAAUAAAGCAUUAUAAUUA